CAGCGAAGCUGGGGUAUUCUGUACUACUCUGACAGGAUCAUAUAAUUCCCGUCCAUUCUUUUCCGAGCUGCAAUCAAUAGAAGUAAUCUGAAACUUUUGUUUCUGUUUGUCUUCACGGUGAGAGUCCAUUCAUGAGUACCUCAGACAGCGAAGAAGAUUUUUACAAUGAGAGGACAGCUUUGGUUUCAGCUGAGAGUCCAUCCAUACCAUCUUACAACCAGAACUCACAACAUUCUAUAUCAGUGAACGAUGACAUCAGAAGGCCUCAGCUGGUUGGUGACCAGCAGGCAUCAGAAACGCAGGAACAGCGAUCAGCAGAGCAAGAAUCUGCAGUGGAGAGAGAUGAUGAGGACCUCACACUCAAGUAUGGCGCCAAGCACGUGAUCAUGCUCUUCGUGCCGGUCACGCUAUGCAUGGUCGUUGUUGUGGCUACAAUCAAGUCAGUCAGCUUCUACACUGAGAAGAAUGGCCAGCAGCUGAUUUACACACCAUUCACAGAGGACACACCAUCAGUGGGUCAACGGCUACUCAAUUCUGUUUUAAACACCAUCAUCCUGAUCAGCGUCAUUGUAGUGAUGACCAUAUUCCUAGUUGUGCUAUACAAGUAUCGCUGUUACAAGUUUAUUCAUGGGUGGUUGAUUCUCUCAUCUCUAAUUCUACUCUUCUGGUUUAGCUUCAUGUACUUAGGGGAGGUGUUCAAGACCUACAAUGUGGCAAUGGAUUAUCCCACAUUGGUCAUGAUCAUCUGGAACUUUGGGGCAGUGGGGAUGGUCUGCAUCCACUGGAAGGGCCCCCUGCAACUCCAACAGGCCUAUCUUAUCCUCAUCAGUGCCCUCAUGGCCCUGAUCUUCAUCAAAUACCUGCCUGAGUGGUCAGCAUGGGUCAUCUUGGGUGCCAUCUCUGUGUAUGAUUUGAUCGCAGUGCUAUGUCCAAAAGGUCCACUAAGGAUGCUGGUGGAGACAGCCCAGGAACGUAAUGAGCCCAUUUUCCCUGCUCUCAUAUACUCUUCUGCUAUGAUGUGGACGGUGGGGAUGGCCCAAACAUCCAGUCCUGCUGCAGAGCCCUCUGAUCAAGAUACAGAUGAAGAGGUACACCUGGGUGAGGAUGGGGUCCUUGAGAGGAACCAGGAGGCAGAAAAUCAGGUGUUCACAGAGAGGAGCAGGACAUACUCUCCAGAGGAGGAGCAAGAGGAGGAAAGAGGGGUGAAGCUGGGAUUGGGGGAUUUCAUCUUCUACAGUGUGCUGGUGGGGAAGGCUGCAGCCACAGGAGAAGACUGGAACACAACCCUGGCCUGCUUCGUGGCAAUUCUCAUUGGUCUGUGCCUCACGCUCCUCUUGCUGGCAAUUUUCAAGAAGGCCCUUCCUGCCCUCCCCAUCUCAAUUACAUUUGGCCUCAUCUUCUACUUCUCCACUGACAACCUGGUCCGGCCUUUCAUGGACAAACUGGCUGCGCACCAGUACUACAUUUGACUUUUGCUGACGACAGUGUCACCUUCAUGGACAUGACAUGUUUUAAGGGUUCUGGGUUGUUUCCACCAUGUGCCACUACUGUUCCAGAGGAGAGGGUGAUGAGAGGAAUUACAAUGGAUUUUCUGUUACUCAGAUAUUUCAGCUGAUAGUGCCGUUUUGAUUCUUAAGUAUGUGUGUGAUGGUGUAAUGGAUCUCUGCCCCUUUAACAAUGAAUUAUCUAUUGACAUGUCAAGGCCAGUACAGAGAAUCUGUUUCACUCUUACCUGCAAUCAACAGUGCAAUUUUUGACUCAAUGUUAAAAUGUUUAUUUUUAACCUACGAAGUGAAAAUUUAAGGCAAAUGGGUUGUUUGCUCCAUUUCCAUUCCUUAUUUCAUACAAGGAAUAUGUAAGGAAUCAUUUCAUUCAGAAAAAGGGCUGAAGUGUGUAUGUGUUAUGCAAUGCUGAAGGAAUGCACUACAAAUAAGAUAAAGCACCAAAAUUCCAAGCAGGUCUAAGCUCACCUCAACUGUGAUGAAAGUAGCUAUAAAAACUUAUUUAGAACUUUUCUGGGUACUUCACUGUUUAAUGAAG